AUGCAGUAUGGCAAUUACGUGGUCUUGGCCAUGAAAGAGCUUCUAACGGAAUACAAUCCCACCACUGAGAAUGGCAAAGCUGCUGCCGUGCUUUGGGAUCUCACUAUGACGAUGAAUGGCGUUUGCUGUGGUCUGAAGGGUGUUGACGAUUUUAGCAACUCAAAAUUCAAACCAAAUGCCCCAACUGUUUGCUGUGGAAAUACAAACACCACAGGUUGUACUAUUGAAAAGGCACAGUUGGUCUCGCCGCCAGUAGAGGGCUGCGAAGCAAAGAUACUCAACUUUGCUGUCCAAAACAUGCAAUAUGUCAUGUACGUCUUCAUCGCCGCCAUUCUCCUUCAGGUGAGUCAACCUCAAUUUUGGCCUGAAAAAGCUUCGCUUCACCGGAUCGACAACACUUUUAACAACCUUCCUGGCCCCCGAGAUGAUGACCGUGUGCUGUCCGUAAGCUUCCCUCCAAUCUGCAGUCUAAGUGUGGCCAAAGCCGAGAUGUCACCGCCUAAUUACGCCUUAUGUGAGUCACCAAGGAGGAAUACGUCAAGGAGAGCGCAAAACAGAUGUCUUUUAGCGUAA